AACACGGGAAAAAAUCUCAAGAUAGUACAACAGAGUUCCAUUCCUAAGACCACAUUGGUAAACAAAUUCGUCACUAAGUGAGGAGCAUACUAUAAUGGUAGUGGGUUUGUGUCAUCCAGCUUUGAUAUUGUUUUAAUGUCACAUUUGCACCAUUUAUAACAUUUCUGGUAUACAGUGGACCCCCGGUUAACGAUAUUUUUUCACUCCAGAAGUAUGUUCAGGUGCCAGUACUGACCGAAUUUGUUCCCAUAAGGAAUAUUGUGAAGUAGAUUAGUCCAUUUCAGACCCCCAAACAUACACGUACAAACGCACUUACAUAAAUACACUUACAUAAUUGGUCGCAUUCGGAGAUGAUCGUUAUGCGGGGGUCCACUGUAUUUUUAAAUGUUUAUACAGCAGUGUACUGUAUAUUGUAAUAAACAUAAUUAAGAAAAUCAGCUGUAAUAUGUAUUAUUUACGUAUGCAUACUGGUCAGAGAGCCCGUCGUAAGUCCGAGUCGUCGGUAAACGAGUAUACCGCUAAGUGAGGAGAGGCUGUAUUUACUCCACUGACAUCUCUGACACCAGUAGAGCAAAUGUAAUGCAUUAAUAUGGUGAUUAUUAUGGACAAGGUAGAAUUUUAGAUUCUGAUCAUUCAGCUUUCAUAUUAUUUUCUAGAAGUAUAAAUGGGCAUACUGGAUGCACAUUUAACAAAUUAUUCUGAAUUUUCAGCUUUUAAGUCAUUCCAGUACACGUAACCAGCAUGGACCUGAGGCUGUCUUAUACCUUAUGCUUAUGGUAAAUUAUCGUAAACAUGAGAUGACCAACCCAUACACUGUCAAUCUGUCUCUACUGGAUGAUGAACUCAUCCUCAAUGGUUAUGGACAGGUGAUCACAGCUUCAUUGGCAGACUUCAAUCAUAAAUACUCUGCACACUUCAUGGAGCCUCAGGGUUCUGGAUGGUUCGCAUCUCUCACUUCAAUGGUCGGCUCUAUGUUCUUGUCAGAAGAAAUGGCUACACGCAAUGAGCACAUAAAGGCAAAUGACUCAUUUUUGUUGGCAUUAUAUGAAGCAGUUCACCUUAAUCGCAACUUCAUCACGGCCCUCACGACUGCUACAGACCCUUCCACACCACCCUCCCCAGCCAACACACUUGAUCGUGGUAUCACACCACCAAUUCCAGAUUCUCCCGAUGCACCAAAUCCAUCACCAACUGUGGAAAUGGAAGCCUCAGUUCAGCCAACAAAUUUAUUAGUAACUUUUUUAGAAUACUGCUCAAUAGUAAUGCAAGACACAAAAACAGAAGAAAGUCUCAACAAUGUCAAAUUAUGCUUUGUGAUCAUCACUUGCAUAGCAGAGGACCAGUACUGCAACCUGUUACUUCAUGAUGCCAACCUCGUCUUCACAGUGCCCUUACAUAGACUUCCCAUGAGACAUCGCAAAGUGAUACCAGAGAAAACAGCUCAUGCUCGUCCUUUAGCAUGUGCAGUGUUAGAUGUCAUGGUGGAGUUCAUGAUGUCUCACAUGAUGAAGAAGCUUCCCAUCGAACUCUUUCACCAAAAUGUCAACAUCAUUCACCGCUUGUUGUGCUACCAGAAGCGCAAUUCAGUGAGACUACCUUACAACUGGAAAGAUCUUUGGGCAGCUCUAAUUGCUCUUGCUAAAUUUCUGGUCACAAAUGAAGCCUAUCUAGCCAAAAAAAUGAAUAUUUUUCAACUGGCUCAUCAGGUAAUGAAUAUUUUCAACUUAUUCAUCACAUAUGGAGACACAUUCUUGUCAACACCCUCAAGUUAUGAUGAACUGUAUUAUGAAAUUAUGCGUAUGCACCAGGUAUUUGAAAAUAUGUAUUCAAUGAGUCUUCGUUACUCUCGGACAGACGGAGAUUACAAAGAAAGUGCUCAGAAGCUUACAAACUGCCUUGGAAAUGUGAGAUCCAUCAUCAACCAUUUCACUCCAAAGCUAGACAAAUGGAGUCAAGAACAUGGCAUCUCAACUCUUACUGAAGAACAGGUUUUGGAGGUUGUACGGAACAACUAUGAUAGUCUUACACUCAAACUCCAUGACAGCCUAGACCAGUAUGAAAAAUAUGCUGAAAAGCCACAGCAUGCAAACUUCUUUGCUAAUAUGGUGCGAAGCAUUCUCAGUGACACCAGACAAGGCAUAGAUUUUGGUGCAUUCGAAAACUUGUCCAUACUGCAGGAACUGAGUAACUCAGCGUGAGGCCUAGUGUAAGUCAAUGUUCUUGGUGUUUAACAAUAGAUAAUGGAAUAUUUUCUGGUUGGAUUACAAGUAAUAUUUUGUCUUAAAUUAUAAAAUAUUUUCUUUAUAAAGCUACAAAGUUGUACCAGAAUACCGAAGAUUUCCUGGCAUUAUUGUUACUCUGUUAGAUAUUUAACAUUUGAUAUGUGAGCAUCUCAUUGUUCAGUAAUAUUCAAAAUAAUUGUAGAGCAUAAAAAUAGCUACAACCCUUAUCUUUGUCAUUUAUCACAGUAUUUUGCCUUGUGCUUGUAAAUUAAGUUUUAUUGUACAUUUUUAUUUGUAAAGAUAACAGCAUCCUUAGCUAUAGUCUCUUUGUAAUUUACAUCUUGUAAAUAUACAUGUAUUAUAUUUGACAUAAACUUGAUGUUAUUAGAUAAGAGUUAAAUUUUAAUAACUACUUUAUAUUAAAAAAUGGAAUGAACCAUUGUAGUUUCAUUUUAUAAAAUAAUCUGCAGUAGUGGUAAUAUUAACCGUAAUAUUUUAUAAUGAAUAAUACACUGUAUAAUAUCUAUCACGUGGAGUUCUCCCAAAUUUAGAAAAUAAAUUUUGAAAUUGAAAUAGUCAGAGGUUAGGUUUUUCCAGUAAGAUCAAAAAAGUUCCAUUUUCAUUUCAGAUUUUAUAAAAUUUAGUCAAACUUUCUAAAUAAAGAUGAAUGCUUUCCAGAAUUUCAGAUUUUAAAUAUAAUUACUGAAAUAACCAUUAUUGUUUUUUAUUUUUUGCAAAUACAGUGGUCCCUCGCUUUUCGUAGUUCUCGGCAAUCGUAAAUUUCGCCAAUCAUAGGGGUAUUUUCGUAUAAACAUGGACUCGUUUUUCAUAGGUUGACUCGCAAAUAGUAGUUCAUCCGGAACGCAUAAGCACGGUAUAAGCCGGGGAGGCCUCCCUACCCAGCCAGUCUGGCAUUGUUUACCAGUGAGUGAAGGUCCCCUCAAGUGCUCCUACGAAAUAUUUCAUAAUAUUCCACUCAUUUUAGUGCUUGCAAGUACUAAAUAAGCUACCAUGGCUCCAAAGAAAGCUCCUAGUGCCAAGCCUGUGGUAAAGAAGGUGAGAAAUAUGUACAGUGACAAAGUCUUGGGCCAUUUUAGGGAAGUGUUAAAGAGACGCCAGAAACAGAGCUCUCUCCACAGUUAUUUUGCGAGACAGGACUCCAGUGACUCUCAUGGUGGUCCUAGUGGCAUUAAGAAACAGAGAAGAGAAGUAACCCCAGAAAAGCAAUUGGUACCUGAGGUGUUGCUGGAAGGGGAUUCCUCUUCCAAACUGUAAACAAUCCAAUCUCUCUCCUCCUCCAGUCUCCCAUACACUAAGAAGAAUCUCCAAUAAAGGUAAGCGUUAUGCUGUUAAUUUUUCAUUCAUCAUUUCUCAUUGUAUUGUUUAUGUACUACAUGUAUAUUUCAUGUAAAAUUUUUUUUGUUUUAAUACUUCUGGGUGUCAGGAACGGAUUAAUUGUAUUUACAUUAUUUCUUAUGGGGAAAAUUGAUUCGCAAAUCGUAAAUUUCGUUUAUAGUAGCUCCUCCAGGAACGGAUUAAUUACGAAAAACGAGGGACCACUGUAAAAGCAAAAACAAAAAUUAUUUAUCUAUGUCAGGUAACUUGUGGAAUUUUCAAGACUAAGGAAGAGCACUCUUCACAUUUUUUAAAUUUGAGUUACGGUACUCAUUCUGUGAAGAAAAAAUUCCAAAUGACAAUAAUUCCAGAUUGUAUUCAGAUUUUUUUUUGUCCAAACCAGGAGUUUGCAAUUUUCUAUAACUUGGAACUUCCCCAUUCCUUGCUUCCUAAACACAUUAUUACAAAUUAGAGAGAACUUAUUAUACAACAAACCAUAUUUCAAAUUUUAUAUUUGUAUGAUGUUGUAGGUGAUGGUAAUUACUAUCAGAUUUCACAUUUUCUGUCUUACAAGAUUCAAUUUUUUAAUGAAGUUCAAAAUUCACCUUUCAUCUAAUGUGACCAGUGUCAAAAAUUUACUAAUGAAAAGGUGAUAUUCUUUUAUGUUUAAAAGGCCUGCUCUUUUGUUUAGUGUUCUGAAUCUGACAAUAUUUGUGUUACUAAAACAUUAUAUCUGGAACAUUAAAAGAAAAUCUAAAGUACUGUACUGUCAAAUAUUCUUCAACAUUUACACCAGCUAUUUCACACCAUGUUGUCUUAAUGCAGGGAUAGAUGACUCAUCAAGUGCCAGAAUAUAUGCUUUAGUUUUGCUACCAAUUUGUUGUCUUACAGCUCUUCUAUUUACCAACUCAUUAUUAUAUUCAUGGGGAAGUGUUUAACAUGAGUCAUACAUUAUUAUUAUAAUCAAGGGGGAAGCGCUAAACCCGGAGGAUUAUACAGCGCCUGGGGGGGGGGGGAUGUGGAAGGCAUUCAGGCUUAAUUCGGGGAACUGGAGCACAGAUCCAAUUCCCUAAAUCAAGAGCCCCUCACCAACAUCAAGGAACCUUCCUUGAGGGGCAUGAGUCAUACAGUGCCUAGGGACUGGGAGGCAAUCAGGUGUGAUAAAGAAAGGGGUGAUAGCUCCAAUUUCUUCGAUUAAGAGCCCUUGAACAGUUAUUAAUGCAUAAAUAUAUGUUACUCUAUACCUGCAAAACAAAAAGAUUGACUUAUUAGUGUAUUAUCAGAUAUAAAGUUGAGACAACGUAAAACACUAAUGAAAGUAGAAAUAGAGUGACAUUGAAACAUUGCACUAUGUCACCAGCAUAUUCAGUGUUGCAGCAAACAAGACCCUUUCAACUCACACAGUAUUAAAAGUACCAAAACUGACAGUUAAGACUUUCUAGCAGUGAUUAAGCAUUUUGAACUAAAUGCACAUGUGAAUUUUAUUUGUUUUUGUUUUUAAUACAUCAGCCAUUUUAAGUCUGGCUAACUGAUUUCCCCUGAAUCCCUCAUAGGUGUUUCCUUAUCACACUAACAGUAGAGACUGCUGAAGCCCCUAACACUUAAAAAUCUCUUCUCAGUCCUUCCUCAAACAUUUGUGACAUAGCCUUCCAUCUAUCCCAGAUUUAUAGAGCUGUUUUACACCAUCCUUUUUAAAUGAUCAAACCAUUUCUGCAACCCCUUUGCUAAAUUAUAUCUUUCAUAUCACCUCAAUGUUUUACAAUUUCUUCACCCCUUAUUCUCUGCAUAUUAUUCACCACACAUUGAUCUCAGACAUAACACCUUCAUUGCCUCCAUUCUCCUCACUGCAAUAUUCAUAUAAAUAGUAAAUACAUUUAUAGUAUGGAUGUCUUAUAUGAUGGAAAAUACAACAUUUUAAUUGCCUGAGUAGGUUGGUGUUAAGAAAGUUAAGAUUGUCUCUGCCUAGAUGAUUUAUCUUAUGGCACUGCCAUCACACAGUAGGUCGAAGAAUUUAUUGAAAUACAGAUCCCCCUUUCUCUACUGAAUGGGAAAAGCAUCAUUAUACAGUAUUGUAUUAUUAUUAUAAUAAUGGGGAAGGGCUAAACCCGUAGGAUUAUAGCGCCUGCGUGUAGGGGGGGGGAAUGGAAGGUAUUCAGGCUCACUUCAGGGAACUGGAGCACAGAUCCAAUUCCCUAGAUCAAGAGCCCCUUCACCAGCAUCAAGGAACCUCUCUUGAGGGGAUACAGUACUGUAGACAUGGUAGAGAGGAGUGCAAGAGAAAUGGUGAUCAGAUCUUCAGGGAGGAUUGCAGGUGAAUGGCACAGCCAUGAUUGUACAAGCGAAUAUUCACAGGAAUGAAGCAAUGUACACAGAUAAAGUAUAUAAACAUACAACAGAGUCAAAACCUACAACAUUAAUGCUUUCCUGAAAAUUGUUUGCAAGUCAAGUGUUUGGAACUGCUAACCUAUUUCCCUAUAAAUACCCAUAUUCCCAAACCACAAUAUUCUGUAUCUAAUUUCAUUUAACUUGUAACAGUAUUUUGCACUCUGUACUGUUCCUUUUCAGUGGUAAUAAACUUUGUUUAAUUAUGGUAAAUAUGGUACUGUAUACAGUACAUUACUUAUAUGUAGGGGUGGGCAGUAGCUGGAUUGUCUCAGAGAGAGGUUGAGAAUUGGAGAGGGGAUAAGGUGGGGGAUGAGGGGGUGAUAUGUAGAUUAUGAAGGUAUUAACAAGUGUAAAUGUGUGUGGGAGGGUGUGGCAUGAGGUUCUGUACCUUAACCGAUGACUAUGUCCAGUACUUAAAAGCAGCAGCUACCACAGCCCAGUCAUAAAAUGUAAUUAUUUAAUCUAUAAUUCUUAACAAAUGUGAGCUCUCUAUGCAUAUAUUGUAAUCAGGCAAAGUACUAAACUCAUAGGAGCCACACAGCACACAUGGAAUAUGGGAUGCAAUCAGGUUCAGUCCAAGGAAGGUAAGGACAGGUCUGCUUCCCAAGACUAAGAGCCCCACACCAAUAUCAAGGCACCUUCCUUGAGGGAUCUAUACGUGCAUAAAGCAAACAUGCACAAAGUAUGGGUGCAUUUUGUAAAAAACUUACCAUGAAACAAAUGCAUACUGUAAUCAGCCUUAAGAAAAUCAUAGUUAUUAAAAUUAUGGUUCUUGACCAUUCUCUACCAGACAACACGAGCUCUCUAUGCAAGCAUAAAAUCAACAUACACAAAGUAUUAAUGCAUUUAGUUAAAACUGAGAAAAAUAUUUAUUUAAAAUUUGAAUACUGUCUUGCAAAGACAGUAACUGCAGAGCAGCAUUCAUAAACUACUGUAAUUGACUGAUUCCAAUGUGCCAGUUUCAUAAGUGUGAAAUUUAAAUUGGAAUGCUGUAAGUCUGAGCUUUUACUUUAUGUACAAAAUACAUUUUGCACUGUUCUCUGAACAGAUCAGUUGUGUACCAUAUUAAAUUACAUAUCAGUAUCAUACAAUUGCCAUUUGCUUUAGGCAGUAGAUGUAUUUCAGGCCCAUGGAAGCUGUGCUAAGUUCAAUCAGGUUAGUUUCACAUAACAGGAAUCUUUGAUGUGCUUUGUGAAACGCACCUAUGGUACGUGAUGAAUGCAUAUUGCAUGUAGAGAAUUACCAAGAGAAAAAGGAAUUUACAAAAUAAUGAAUCAGGAUAAAGUGAAUCUAUACAAAGCAAGAGUAAAACUCCAUUUUUAAGUUCAUUACAAGAAACCACCAUAUUUUCAAUAUUAUUGUAUACAGUAUUUCCAAAAUCUUAUAUUUUCACAAGUGACAUGUAUGAAGACUAAACUGAAGGUUUGCAUUUGUUCAGAUGUUCAUUUGUAGUCUUACUAAAUUGUGAAACUUUUGUACAUUCAAUAUUAUAAACAUUGUUGAAAGUUAAAAAUAAUUAAUUUUUUAUAGUAUAUAAAAACCUGAAAAUCUUCAUGGGAAAUUUAUAAAAAGCUUUACCGUUUUUCAGCUUAGUUCUGUGAAGUUUGCCUCUACUUCAGAUUGUAUUGCUAACAUAACAUGGCAACAGUCAGUCACAGCCUGGUCUGUCUCUUAAUCAGUCACAAGCCAACACAGAUCGUCUGCAUUUUCACUUUAGUUGUGUAACUGUGUGUUCAGUUUUUACAUUGCAUAUUGUAGUGCAGUAUUUGAUUUAACUAAUAAAGAUUAUUUCUCAUUAUUAAUAAUAAUGGAAGAGAGCCAUCCUUUUUAUCAUGGGUUUGGUAGUCCACAAAACAUACAAGUUAAGAACCUGCUGUCUCAUCUCUUUUGAAUAUGUAUUAACAGAUUAACUGCUGUCAAAUGGAAUAAAAUAAAGAUACAGUAUAUUUAUCAUAAAAAAAUAUUAUUACUUACCCAGGCUAUUUCAAACCAAGGAAGGAUAGCCCAAAAAAAAAAGGAAACACAUUUAACAUAACCAGAACUUCUUCAUGAAUGUUACUGUUCGCUCUUCAACAGCACAUCAAAUCCCAAAAGGUGUAGGAAAUGUUCCUGAAAUGAAGCUGCAAAGGAGAUUUUAAGUGAUAGAGAAUUUAACAUCCAGUAAGAAUGUGUGAGUGUAUUAGAUCAGAGUGAGUGGAGGCAGGUUAAUUAUUAUUAUAAUAAAAAAGAAGCGCUAAGCCAGGAGGCAGGUUAAGAAUAAUACAAAAAGUACAAUUUAUGUGGAAUUUUUUUAAGUUAAUAAUGGAGAUAAUUUUAAACAUUUCAGUUUUGUUUCAGGUGUUAAUUACUGUAUUACAUUGACCCCUCAAGGAAGGUUCCUUGAUGUUGGUGAGGGGCUCUUGAUUUAGGGAAUUGGAUCUGUGCUCCAGUUCCCCGAAUUAAGCCUGAAUGCCUUCCACAUUCCCCCCCCCCAGGCGCUGUAUAAUCCUCCGGGUUUAGCGCUUCCCUCUUGAUUAUAAUAAUAAUAAUAAUGUAUUACAUUGAAUAAAAUAAUAUAAACUGCACUUAGCUGGAAUAACAAAUAAAGUUUUGAAAGUAAACCUGAUACAAUAUUUUAACCCUUUGAGGGUCGACAGGCCCUCUCCGAAACUCGUUCUCAGGGUCGGCCAAAUUUAAAAAAAAAAAAUAAUUUUCUCUUAUGAAAAGAUAGAGAAUCUUUUCCCGAUCAUAAGGACACCAAAAGUUUGAAAUUUGAUGGAAAACUUACGGAAUUAUGCUCUCGCGAAGUUAGCGGUCUCGGGGAUGUUUAUGCAUCGGCGAUUUUGCCCACUUUGAGCCCCAUUUUCGGCCAAUUCCACUGUACUAGUCGACAAAAAACAUGAAUAUUUCGCUAGAACUCCAUUUUUUCUAUCGAAUGGAUGCAACAAACCACCCAUUUAUGAAACUCAACUAUCCAGUACAGUGGUCAGAAUUUAGCAAUUUUGCCAAUUUCAUACAAAUUUCAAAAGAUGCCAAUUUCCGAAUUGGGUCCAGAAUAAACAAGAAAGACAUUCCUGGCACUAAAAUGACAUUUCCUCUGGUCAUUAGUUACGUCUCAAGGCCCCUCUUAUAUUCUUUUGCUUUCCACUUUGAAUUUUUAUUCUCGCAAAAAAUAUAAGAUUUACCGUUAUGCAGACUACUGCAUUAGUGUAAAAAAUGGUAUAAAUAUUAUUGGCGCACUUGUGAAAGAAUAUUAGACUCACCAGUUGACGUGUAUUGAACCAUUGGCACGAUUUGUUUACUUUUGAAAUUUGGUAAAAAUCAAACAUUUCUGCUACUUUGAGCUCAAUUUCAAGGUAUCUUUCAUUAUAAAACCAGUUAAAAUCAUCUCAAUUUCUGUAAUAUGUCUUCCAUUCUAUAAAAUGAGACCAAGAAAACUAGAAUACAACAAUAAAUACCAUACGAAAAUACAGUGCAAAGUCGCUGUUUUAUCCAAAAAAAUGGUCAAAGUUUUUUUUUUUCUCAUUAUUCACUGUGUGCUGCAGGAUUUUUUUUAGACUGUGCACACUGACCACAUAGACCCAUUCUUUCAUAUGAAGGCCUACCAGCUUUCUCCCACUAGAUUUGUGGGCGCUAGAAUUUAGGCGUACUAGUACAUCAAAAACCCUGGGUCGUAAGCCGUACUAGUACCUCCGAAACCCUCAAAGGGUUAAGUACAGGGCAGUUAACAGUUGAGUGGCAGUCACUCUGCCAACCAUUAUAAUGUUCCCCACCCAGAAUUCUGUAUUUAAUUAAGCAGAAAAUAUAUAUACUGUACUGUCUGAUUUUCAUCUGAGCUGAGUGCCAGGUAUGUGAAUAUUUUUAAUGUUAAAUUUAUUGUAACAAUGUUGCUCAGUUUCAUAUCUCUCAUUGGAGAUGUACCUUGAUAGCAAUGAGUGGCUCUUGAUCCAAGGAACUGAGCUUAUCCUCCCCUUCCUUAGAUGGAACCUGACUGUUUCCCAAUACCCCAGGCACUAUUUGACCCCUAUGGGUUUGGCACUUCCUGAAUUACAAUAGUCACUUUCACUAGUUAUAAUUUAAUAUAGGAACAUCUUGAUGUUUACCUUUCCUUUUCAAUUAUCAUAGCUGGUACCUAAUUUAUUGUUAUUUACACAUCAGCUCCAAAUGCCAAAUAAAAAAUAUUGUAUAGAUAUUUGCAAUGACAUCAAAGUAGUGUUUGGUUUUCUCAUACAUUGUACACUACCACUCAGUAAUACCCUUUCAGGUUUAGCAGUUAACUUUUAUUACAGUAAUAAUGUACACUAACAUGAUUGUGAGUUACACUACCUGUUUUGUUCAGCCAUUGUGCGUUGGACUUCCAUUUAUUUAUCUUUAUUAUAUAUGCCAUAACAUACAUGUAGGGGCAGUACUGUAUAUCUUUAUGGAUAUGUUAAUUAGAAAAUUACAGAUUAGGAUGUUUAGUGUCAUAAUAAAUUGUUUACUUUUCCCAUUUUAAAUGUUAAUAAAAAUCUU